CAGCGACGCGUCUUCCAUUCCACCUCCGACGAGUGCGUGACAACAGCGGCAGAUGACAGACAUGUCGUCACCGACCGCGCCUUGGUUUGCGGAUCUCUUCACAGAUGUCAGGGUGAGGACCCUGUCGCACCAGGUCACCACACUUGGGGAUAGUGUGUGGGAACUGGAGCGCAAAAUUACCCAGCUGAUCUGCGAGAAGGGCAAGCUGGAGAAGCAACUGGAGGAGACGAAGGCGAUCUCAAGCCACAAGGAAGAGGUGGAGAGAAGCUUCAAGGCUGAAAAUGAUAAGCUUCGGUCGGAAGUUUCGAUCGCAGAGGAAAAAUGUGGCAAGUCUGAAGCGGAGGUUGAGAGGCUAAGCAAGGAAUUAGGCGCGCUGGCGGAGGCAAAAGAGGGUGUUGCCAAGGAAUUCAACGACGAGAGAGCAAAAAUCUGGCUGGAAUCAGAGAAUCUCAAGAGACGGUUGGAGGAAAUUCAGGCUAUCAAUGAUUUGGCAGAGAGCGAAAAUGACAAGCUUCGUUCAGAGGCUUUGAUCGCAAAGGAAAAGCAAAACAUGUCCGAAGCAGAGAUUGAGAUGCUUAAGAUAGAACUAGGUGGGUUGGCGGAGGCCAAGGAGGCCGCCGCCAAGGCAUUUGAUGUAAAAAAUGCAGAACUCACCGAGGAAUUAGAGGAACUCAAGAGGAAGCUGAAGGAAAUCCAAACAAAUAAGGAUUUAGUGGAUGGAGAAAAUGAUAAGCUUCGGUCUGAGGUUUUCACAGCGGAGGAGAAAUGUGGGCAGUCUGAAGCAGAGGUUAAGUGCCUUAAACAAGUAGUGGGUGCAUUGGUGGAGGCGAAGGAGGCAGCGGCAAAGGCAUUUGAAGCCGAGAAGGUAGAAAUCAUGAAGGAAAUGGACAAUCUGAAGAGGACAAUAGAGGAAAUCCAGGCCAACAAGGAUUCAGUGGAGAGUCAAAACCAUGAGCUCCAGUCAAAGAUUUUGAUUGCAGAGCAGGAGUAUAGUGUAUUUAAAGCAGAGGUUAAGAGCCUCAAGGUCGAAUUGGGUGCAGUACAGGAGGCCAAGGAGGCUCAUGCCAAG